CCAAACGUGGCCAAAUGACAUACCCAUAUCCCCCAAAAGAAAUCCUAUUUUCAUUUUAACAGUUAGCCAAUACUGUACUCUGUAGAGGGAAAAAAAAAAACAUGGCGAUUUCCAUUUUCAAGCCCUCAGUUUCUCCUCAUCAACACUUUCUCUAUUCAACUUAUCCCCAAAAUAUUAGCUCAAAGAGGAAACUUCGUUGUUCUCCAUCAGAUUCUGCGACUCCUACUAGGCAAGAGAUGUCAUCUGCUCCUCCUACUAGGCAAGAGAUGUCAUUAAGUGUUGGAAUGUACCUAAUUCCACAUCCCAACAAGGUCGAGAAAGGUGGAGAAGAUGCAUUCUUUGUGAGCAGUGAUAAUGGGAAAGUGAUUGUUGUUGCUGAUGGUGUUUCCAGUUGGGCUGAAAAGGAUGUGGAUCCUGCACUGUUCUCCAGAGAAUUGGUGUCUAAUGUUUCUUCUUUGGUGGGAAAUGCAGAGGUUAACUAUGAUCCUCGGAUUCUCAUAAAGGGAGCCCAUGCUGCUACAUCAUCUAUUGGUUCAGCUACGGUAAUUGUUUCUGUAUUCGAGAAUGGGAUUUUGAAGAUAGCUAGUGUUGGGGAUUGUGGACUACGAGUCAUUCGUAAAGGUCAGAUGAUUUUCUCCACAUUUCCACUAGAACACUAUUUUGACUGCCCGUACCAGUUGAGCUCGGAGGCUGUUACUCAAACGUACCUUGAUGCCAUAGUAAGCACAGUGGAUUUGCAAGUAGGAGACACAAUCAUAAUGGGUUCAGAUGGCCUCUUUGAUAAUAUUUUCGACCAAGAGAUCAUUUCCAUUGUGACCACACAUGAUGAUGUCUCUAAUGCUGCAAAGGCAUUAGCUGAUUUGGCACGCAACCAUUCUGUGGAUAUCAAAUUCGACUCCCCCUAUUCAGUGGAGGCUAGAGCAAGGGGAUUUGAAGUUCCUUGGUGGAAGAAAGUUUUUGGAAUGAAGUUAACAGGAGGAAAGCUCGAUGAUAUUACAGUCGUUGUUGGAAAGGUGAAAGACUCGUGACCAAGUUUGGCCUGGACGCCACUAAAAGAAAACAAAAGGCUCAUGAACAAGUCAUAUAUCUUUGGUACCAAGACUUUGGCAGGGUCCCCUCUCCUGAAUGUUUGGGCAAUUGGAUGGUGUUUUGAACUAUGGAGUUGAAGGAUGAGGUAAGAAGAUAACAGCUUCAAAUGACACUCAGAUCAUUAUUCUGUAUUGCAUUAUUUCAAGGUGUCUGUCGUAAGACAAUAUUUGACACAAAAUUCUGUCUGACACUUGGGACGAUUUAAAUUCUUCAUUGUUCACAAAAUACAACCAUGAAAAUCUGGCUAACUUGUUAAACACUUGCAGUCUCUAUUGAAAGGCUCUUAAUCACCA